UUUGAUAUCCGAUAAGCGUGAAUGCUAUUUUGCAAUUAUUCGUUAUUCACUGAAAAUGAACGAUUAAAUUUGACGUCUGAAACGUAUGAAUGCCAUUUUGUAAAAAUAUUACUUAAUAAAAUGUUUCAAUGUAAAUUCACAAAAAUUACACUUUUAAAGGCGUUCAAGUAUUGAUAUCAGUAUUUAACUAAAAAUAGUUUCUUAAACAAAACGUGCAAGUCAUCUAUGUAUGACACGAUAAUCAUUUUUGACGCGUAAUGAAUUUUAAUUUUAAUUUUAAUAAUAUACAGAAUAAAUGCAAACGGAACACAUAACGGUCAAAAUUUAAAGAUAAACACGAUGCCAUCAAAAAUCGUAGCAUCCGAUGAAGACUAGCACGCGAUCGUGCAACCGAUACGCACGCGCACUCUAUAUUAAGCAAAGAACAAUUUCGGUGUUGAGUAAUUUUUUUUUUUACCGAACCUUAUUGACCGUUCGAGAUAUUUCAGCCCAUUUAAACCCUUACAAAGAUACGAGGAGACAACGAUUUGAAAUCUUUUAUCUAAUUAUUUCGGAGCAUGAAAUAAUUGAUCGAGAUAAUAAAAGAAUAAGAGAAAACAAAAUUUAGUAGAUAACGAAAGAGAAAGAAGCUAAGAAGGAGACCAAAGGAACCCCUCGGGUACACCAGCAACGAGGCCUAGUUUCUAUCUUUCGCUAUCUCCGCUAUCGAUCCAAACACGAUCGUGUCUCGGCUGGUUGACAGUGAGAGAACACAAGAGUAAGAGAGAGAGAGAGAGAGAGAGAGAGAGAGAGAGAGAGAGAGAGAGAGAAAGAGAAUAUGGUAUGCAUGUAUGUAUGUCUGUGUGUCAGAGACGAAAAUAUGCCUCGAAAGGAUACGUAGCGUCAUUUGACCUGGCGAAAUUAACGUGUAAUUUGUCCCGCGAUAAUUUAGGUCAUUAAAGAUAAAACGAAAAUGUAGAACUAAAUGAAAAAGUCAGAAAAAAAGAAACAAAGGAAUUGCGUAUAUAUUAUUCCAGAAGACUCCAGAGGAUUGAAGAAAAAAAAUAGCCUACAAGAUGCGAGAAUCCAUACUCAUAGGAUUUCACGCGAUUGCCUGUUUGCAAUUCGCAUAUUCCGUUUAUUACGAUUACACGUACACCGUGGUGCCACAGAAUGUCAUGAAGGUCCACGGCGCUUUUGGUGGAAGAUUUAAAUUUCUUACGUUUUGGGACGCGAUAUUACAAGCUGUAUUCUUUUUUAUAUGUAUCGUAAAUGAUUGGUAUGGUACCAAUGCAGUUAGCCCGAAGAAGCCGCCAUUUGUACGGAAGUUGAAGGAUUACGUGUACGCGACUCUUAGUUUUCCUAUGGCCAUGUUCGUUGGGAUAACGUUCUGGUCGAUAAUGUGCGUCGACCGUGAAUUGGUCUUACCAAAGGCAUUGGACCCAUAUUUCCCAUGGUGGUUGAAUCAUCUGAUGCAUACGAUGAUUAUGGUGUCGGCUGUUAUCGAGAUGCUACUAGCACCGCGAAAAUAUCCUAAACGAUCGCGUGGUCUUGCUGGCCUCCUAGCAUUUACGCUUACUUAUUUAAUCUGGAUGCACGUAAUCUAUUUCAUGAGCGGCAUUUGGGUGUAUCCAGUGAUGGAAGUACUGACGCCACCUCUGCGAAUAGUAUUCUUUGUCGUUUUAUUGGCAUUCGUAUUGAUACUCUAUUUUGCUGGAGAAAUGCUGAACAACCUCGUUUGGGGUAACGAACAAACUAAACAACACAAAUCUCAUUCCAAGUAGUCUCGCCAACUUGUCACUGGCAAGUGACUUCGAAUCAUGUUCUGCCUCCCAUCGGUGGUGGUGAAUAAAUUCUCUUUUACCGUUCA